AGGGCAGAUAACCAGGACUAGGUCAAUCUGUGAGGGGCUGUGGUGUGAGGGGCAGCUGUGGAAGGGUUGGGAGCAGUGGGUGGUACAGGCAGGACUGGGGGGAAUGAGGCACACCAGGAGCUGAAGCCCUCACAUAAAAGCUCCGUCAGGCUGUACUAAACCUGGAUAAUUUGGACAAAAAGGCCCUCACUCCCAUUGUCCCUGUGGUGGGCAAUGCUGCCACUCUUCUGUCGGGAGGGAAGGAGGGGAUCCCUGAGUGCUUCUGCCCCCCAGGGCUCCUGGAAACGCCCUGUAAGGGCAGCAGCUGGGGGAGGAUUUGACUGGGCUUGGGAAGCACAGCCUGCAGUGUAGGACCUGCAGGGGGCUUGGCUGUGCCCAGCCUGAACCUGUCAAGUGCAGUGUCCCCCGAGUGCCCCCGACUCGAUUCCCCGGGGAUGCUGAACCCCAAGCGCCGCUACCGCAGGCCCCACGCCGGGAAGGCGCAUCCCAGGGCUGACCGUGAGCGGGGAACCCCGGAGUACCGGGAGCCGCACCGAUCCCGCACCAAACCCCGCACCCGCCCUGCGCCUGCCCCUCAGCAGCCGGCAGAGCCCGGUUCUGCACGAUGGGGCUCCGCAGGGCCCCGGCACGGCUCGUCCGAGCUCCCCCUCCGUUCCCCGCUCCCCGUUACCGGGCCAACGCCGCGGCGCUGCCGGCGGCCCCUGCGCCGUGCUCGCCCCCGCAGCGCGGCGGGCAGCGCCCCGCGCCUCCCCCCAUGGGGCUGCCGGGCCCGAGCCCGCUGCCGCCGAGCCCACCGGAGCCGCCGAGCCCGCCGGCGGCGGGGACCGAGCCGCCGCUGUGUCCCCGCCGGGAGCCGCAGCCCGGACAGCCCCCCGCAGCCCCCGAGGAGCAUGGCCCAGCCGGAGAGCAAGCUGGUGUCCCCGCCGGUGGCACCCUCGUCCCCCGAGCUGGAGUGCCACAUCUGCUACAGCCGCUUCGACGCCCGAGCCCGCAGGCCCAAGCUGCUCCGCUGUGGCCAUCGCCUCUGUGCCCGCUGCCUGCGCAGGAUUGUUCCCCCGGGGGACGCUUCUACCCCCCAGCUCCGCUGUCCCUUCUGCCGCCAGCACAGCCCGGUGCCGGGCGGGGACGUGCAGCAGCUGCAGGAUGAUGGGGAGGCACUGGCACUGCUGACAGGCCGUGAACGGGCCAAGAAACGGGGGCCACCCCUAUCUCCUGAGGUACUCCUUUGCCCCAGCGUGCUGGAGCCCACGUCCAGCCCCGACUGCCUGGUUGUCACCAUCCUGGAGGUGCCAGAGGACGUAACCCCACCAGAGAGCCUGGGCAGGCUGGAGGUGGUGCGGCUGUACCGCCCCACGAGCCUGGGUGCCCUGCCCUGCCACGGCCCUGGGCAGAAGUGGCGCUCCUGGGGGUGGCAAGCCGUCCCCCGCUUCAUUCUGGGCGUCCUCUGCCUCCUCUACUUCAGCUCCCUGCCCUUCGGCAUCUACCUCCUGCUCAUCGAGCACCACAGCCUGGGCAUCAUCCUGGUCAGUCUUGUGCCCUCCACCCUCCUUCUCUGCAUUGUCUACAGCCUCUGCCAGUGCCUGUGCCUGGAGGUCUUUGGGUUCCCCCACUCCUGACCCUGCACAGCCAACCCCUGUGCCUGAGCCAGGCAGGAUCUGGGUUCCUUGGGGCAUUGUCCCUGGAGGUACACAUGUCCUCUGACCCACAGCAUGCUGCGCCUGGACCAUGGGGAGAAGCCCAGUGCCUGGUGCCUUCCCACACAGAACAGCACUGUCUUUUCCAUGUGGGUGCUCAGACUGGCUGGAAUGGCUGCAGGAGCUCAUCGCAGCCUACAAGCAUUUGGGCCAGACCUCAGCUCUUGUUGUUCUCCUGCGCAACAGACAAAGAGCAGGAGCCAGGACUGAUCCCAGCUGAGGAAACACCGCGGCUGGAGGGGCCCCGGCAGGAGAGGGACGGGCAGAGCCCGGGGGCUCCUGGCUGGUCCCAGCACGGCUCCGUGUCCAUGGUGUAAAUAGUUCUGUCUGUGGCACCCACGCUCCUCGUGGGGCUGCUCCCAUCGCAUCUGUGUCUCUUUCUCAUGUGUCAAUCUCGUGUUCGCUGACAUUGUGUCCCAGAGGGGAGGAGUGGAGGAGUUUCUUUGGUGUGUAAAGAUGUCUUUGCAGCUAUUCUGUAGUCAUUGUGGGUUUUUUUUCUUUGCACAGCCUCCAGUCUCUAUUUAACCUCCUUGGGUUUUGUUUUGUAAGGAUUAAUUUAAUACUGCUAACCAUUUUAUUACUUUUAUUAAGAAGAAUGAAGUCUAUUUUUAAUCUCUGCCUUGGACCUGCCCUGCUCCACAGGGGCUGCUGUCUGGAGUACUGGCAGGAAAGUAACCCUACCAUCUUUGCUGGAACCCCUGCAUCCCCACCAGCAUCCCCACUGCACACAGGCAACACCAGGACACCAGGACAGAUCACAUUUAUUACUGAUUUUUGUCCCUCCCACCCACAUCUCCCACUCUCCUUGUUGAGGCAGCUGCUGGAUCCCAUGGCUGUCUUUCCUGUCAUGCCCUCGGGGACAGGACGUGACUGUCCCAGUCCUAUACCUGCUCCAGCACCACUGGCACCACCGGGGGACACUCG